CUCACAACAAGCCGUCAGUUGAUCCAGCUCCAAGCUCCAAGCUGAUAUCGCUCCAGCUCCAAUCUGAAAUCUCGUGCUCGUGGCAUUUGAAUUUAUUGGUCGACGCGUUCGCCUUUUAAACGUAUAACGUGUAUCUGUGUAACGUGUUUUGUUUUUUGAAAUUUUUCACGAUUUUUAAUUAAUUAACAACAACAACUACAAAAAAAGAAUCACUGCAAAAGCGUCAAAAUGAUUGAUUUGUCACCUGUGCAAGAGUUCUACAAGGACAAGACCGUCUUUAUCACUGGCGCCUCGGGCUUUAUGGGCAAAGUGUUGCUGGAGAAACUGCUCUAUUCAUGCCACUCGCUCAAGGAGGUGAUCAUCAUCUGUCGCCCCAAGCGUGGCAAGUCGCCGGAAACGCGUCUCGAUGAAAUGUUCAAGUUGCCCAUCUUUCAACGCAUCAAGGACGAGAGACCUCAUAUGCUGAAGAAGGUGACCAUCUACCAGGGUGAUGUGACCUAUGAUUUGCUGGGUCUAAGCGGCGACAGUCUCAAGCAUGUUGUGGAGCAUACCAACAUUGUGUUCCAUAUGGCGGCCACGUUGAAGCUGGAGGGGAAUCUUCGUGAUGCCAUUGACAUGAAUCUUCAGGGCACACAGCGUGCUCUCAAUGUGGCCAAGCAGAUGAAGCAACUGGAUGCAUUUGUGCAUCUAUCGACAGCGUUUUGCAACUGCGAUCAGGAGGUGAUGUACGAGAAGGUCUAUGAGUUUCCACAUAAGCCCGAGGAUCUGAUGCGAUUGGCCGAAUGGAUGGAUGUCAAAACUCUGGAUGCCAUUACGCCCGAUCUGUUGAAACCGCAUCCCAAUACUUAUACGUACUCCAAGCGUCUUGCCGAGCUCCUCGUUCGCGAUCAUUACGAAACGAUGCCGGUGAUCAUUGCCCGUCCCAGCAUUGUUUCACCAUCGGCCUAUGAGCCUGUGCCCGGCUGGGUAGACAAUCUCAAUGGACCAACUGGUCUGAUGGUUGGCGCCGGCAAAGGUGUCAUUAGAUCCAUGCUCAUCGAUACACGCCACAUGUCCGAGGUCAUACCGGUGGACUAUGCCAUCAAUGGUCUCUGCGUCAUUCCAUAUCAAUUCACAAUGCAGCAGCGGCCGGUGGAUGUGCCCGUGUAUAACAUCACGUGUGCCGAUCAUCGCAAGAUGCAGUGGGGCGAGGUAAUUGAGAUGAGCAAAAAGAUUGGCUAUCGGUAUCCCAUGGAGGCUGGUCUCUGGUAUCCGGAUGGAUGCAUAACAACCAAUAAAUUCCAUCAUAACAUCAAUGUGCUGCUCUUCCAUUGGCUGCCCGCCUAUGUCAUCGAUUUCAUGCUCUUUAUUCUUGGUCAGAAGCGUUUCAUGAUCCGUGUGCAGAACCGCAUCUCUGUCGGCUUGGAGGUACUGCAAUUCUUCACGAUGCGCGCCUGGUAUUUCAAAUCGGACGCCUAUGCCUCGCUAUGGGACAUGAUGAACGAUGCGGAUAGGAAAAACUUCAACAUGGACAUGGAUCCCGAGGAGACCAUUCCCAUGUAUAUCGAGUCCUGUGUUCAAGGCGGUCGACAAUAUCUAAUGAAGGAGUCGCCGGAGUCAUUGCCACGUGCCCGGCGUCAACUUAUGCUGAUGUAUAUCUUGGAUCGUACGUGCAAGACGAUCAUCAUUAGUUUCCUUGGGUACUGGACAUACGGCCUGGUGUCACGCCUUAUGGGCGUGUUAAUCAAUUAACAACUAUUAGCCAUGGCUAAAAAAAAAUUGCCAAUGGCCAAUAUACUUGUAUUUGCGCGCUUUAUGAUUAUUGCUUAGGUUCGCUUUGUUGGGUACAAAACGUUUUUGAAUUAUAGUCUUAAGUCUUCUUCUUAUCUAUGAAUAUCUAAUAAAACGGUUCGAAUAACUUUAAUGAGUACGUGUUCGAGUGUUGAGUAUUGUACAAGUGCC